GCAGCAAGCGGCGCCCCCAGGCUGCGCCGAGCGGGCCCGCCAUGGCGGUGGACGGCCGCGGGGGGCGGGAGCUGCUCGCCCUCAUCCACCAGCACCUGCUGCGCGGCGGCUACGCUCGGGCGGCCCGCGAGCUGCAGGCGCAGACCGGGCAGAAAUUGCUCCCUUCCCUUGCGACCUCUCUCGAGGACAUCUUUACCCACUGGGAAAAAACUCCAUCGAAUUCCAGGAGAAGAAAGGUGAGUGAUGAGGAGGCAGCCAUCCCAGAAAAGAUCAGAGUUCCUGAUCCUGUGAGCAGCUCUGAGAGCUCAGAAAAAGAAGAUGAUGAGAAGGAGAAGGCAAAAGCUGCGAAUGCAGCCAGCCUCUCUCUGGCCACAAACUCAGUAGUGAACGUAGAAAGCACUGAAGGUGAUGAUUCCUCGUCAGAAGAUGAGACACCAGCUGGAAAAGGUGCAGUUACGGUGACACCAGCUGUGGUGACUGGCAAAGCUGCUAACUCCUUGCGUUCUCCUAACAAACCGGCUGCCCCAGCAGGCAAAACAGCAGUGCUGCCUGCUGCAAACAGAACUGUGGUCUCAAAUAAGCAGCAGCCCAAUGUGCCAGCUGUGUCUGCAGCUCCAGCCAAGGCUGGGCAGAAACUGCCCAGUCCUGGGAAGCCCAGACAAACUGCAACAGCCGUGGCCAAAGUAGGUCAAAGCAAAGCACCGGUAAUGACCAAAGCACCAGAAAGCAGCAGCAGCAGCAGCAGCUCCUCGUCAGAGAGCGAGGAAGAAAAAGAGAUGCCGACUGCAAAGGCCCCAGCCCCCAAAGUGGAGCUGAAGCAGGCAGCUGGGGCUGCUGAGAGCAGCAGUGAGGAAUCAAGUGAUGAGACAUCCUCUGAGGAGGAACCUGCAACUCCAGCAGUCCAGGUAAAGCCAGCUGUGAAAAGUGCACCUGCUGCUCCAGUGUCCCUCAGGAAGAAUGCACCGAGGCAAGUGGUGCAGGCACCAAACCAAGCCAAACCCGCAUCCACAACGGUUCCUGGGCCUGCAAAGCCUGAUGAUACAUCAGAGAGCAGUGACUCCUCAGACAGCGAAGAUGAGGAACUUCCAUCAAUAACCCAGACAAAGCCACCUCCAAAAACCCCCCAGGCCGUCCCACCCCGAGUGAAACCUACACCAGCAGCAUCACCCUCUGGCAAAGUAGCUCCAGCAAAAACACUUCCAGCACCAAAACCAACAGUGCCAAAGCAGGCCAAAACCACACCGGGAAAGACUACUGCUCCCGUGAAGCCUGCUGAAGGUAUGAAGUCAGAGGAGAGCUCUGACUCCUUGAGCAGUGAAGAGGAGGAUCUCCCUGUGCCCGUAAGCCAGAAGAGGUUAACAGAACAGCCUGGGCCUCUUCCCAACCCGAGCCAGGCUGCCAAAGCUAGGCCGCCUGAAAAAGCAGUGGGAAGCAUCUUGAAAACCCAAGCCUCAGAAAGUGGGAGCAGUGACUCGUCUGACAGUGAAGAGGAGUCCCCUGCAGCCCAGACAGAGCCUCCACAAGCUGUGGAAACCAAUGCUGUACCCCAGUCAACAAAUGUGAAGAAGGCACCAGCUCCAGCCCCAGCCCCUCCACCAGUGGACAGCAGCGAUGAUUCCAGCCAGGAGUCAGAUUCAGAGGAGGAAAUAGUCCCCCCUUCUCAGAGUCUGUCCCAGCAGAACGUCAAAGCAGCCAAGGUUUUGAGCACAGUGACUGCCAAGGCUAAUGCCACACUGCCUUUGGGGAAGGGGAUAAAAGCGCCUGCUGUCCCUCCAGUUAGCAGAGUGUCUGAGAACUUGAAAAGUGAUGCGCUGGCAGAAGAGGUCCCCACUCUUCCUUGCCUAAAGCAAACUGUUCCUGUGGGAGAAGCUUCUCCAGCUAAUACUGCCACCCCGCAGGCUGCUUCACUUCUGGGAAGUCACACUGCAAAGUCAAGGAAGCCAGGCCUGCAGCCAGCACAGGAUGCCCAGCUGAGCCAGGCUGCCCUGCCCACCCAGGCAGAGGAGACCUCGGGCAGUAGCAGUUCCUCAGACAGCAGCGACGAGGAGAUGCCCAAGCAGCCCCCCAAACCUGCAGGCUCACUGCAGAAACCAGGAGGGACCCAGCCAGCCCACAGCUCCUCCUUGGAGUCCAGUGAGGAGAAGGCAAUGUCGCAGUCCCUCCUGACAGGCUAUAUGGGCCUCUCCAAACCUCCAGCAGCACCCCAGGCACCAAAGACGGUUCCUCCCGAGUCUGUAGGCAAAGCCAGGCAAGGGAAAGCAGCCAUGACUGCUGCAAACUCCCUCACCCAGGCCUCCGCGCAAGCAGCCCCAGCCAACAGCUCCAGCAGCGACAGCAGCGACUCUGACACAGACAUCGACCAGGUGGCUGCAAACCACAAAGCAGAAAACAACCCUGCUCCAGGGCAGGAAGCCACAGGAGCCUCCAACAAAGAGAAGGUGGCCGGAAAAACGGAGCCAGGUCAUGACAGCCUCAAACCUUCCCCAGUCAAAGCCCUGGCUGUGAAAGAGAAUGAUGUUGGGGCAAAAGGGGUACAAGUGACCCCAGCAUCACAUGCACUGUUGUCCAUCUCACAGUCAGAGGAGCCAAGCUCAGGAAGCAAAACAGAGGUCACUACUGCCAGAGUUCCUGCAGUGCAAACACCGGAAGGGUUGGAAGUGAAGAAGAAGAAAAAGGAGAAAAAAGAAAAGAAGGAAAAGAAGAAACCUUCCUCCACAGAAGAUAAGGCUGUGAAAGCAUCUAAGAGCAAAGACAAAGAGAACAAGAAGCAGAAAACAUCUCAGAAACGGAAACUGUCAGAAGAGGAUGAGGCUGUUGGGCAGCCCAAGAAGAAGUGGAAAGCGCAGGCUAAUGAAGAAGUACCCAAAAAGAAAAAGAAGAAAGCUGGUGACCUGGAGAAGCUGCCAGGCAGCAAGGAAAAGAAAAAAUCGGCUAAAAAAAAAAAGACUGGAAAAGAAAAGAAGAAGAGCAAAAAGGUGUCUUCAGAAGGGGAGCCUAUAGCAGAUGGCUCUGUUGAGGUUCCCAAGAAGAAGAAGAAGAAGAAAACACCCAAGCCUGAAGGAUUGUGAGAAGGUACCGCAUUCCUGUGAUUAAGGAUUUAUGGGCGAAGAUCAAACAGAAGAAAGGAAAAGGAAGCUCAUCAGGAGAAUUCCAACUUUUUUUUUUUAAAUAAUAAUUUAUAAGUUCUUUUAACUAUGACUUUUAGAGCAGAGCAGUGUAACUUUCUGCUGCCUCCUGCCCGGGCCCAGAGAUGUGUUUGUUGUCCCUCCCGAUGGCUCACUUGUUGCACAAGAACUGAAGGAGGCAGUUUGACCAGAGAGGAGCCAGCUUGCAUAAACUGCUUUCCUCCUAGUUGAUACCCAGCCAUCUCUAUCUUUCUCAUCACAGAGCUAUAUUUUUAAGAGAAACUUUUACCUUUUUUUUUUUUUUUUUUUUCUUCUUUCACCUUCUGUGAUUUGUGGUGUCAGUCUUUUUGCUACUAUGGAAGAGAGCUCUUGGGUUUACUUUUUAUUCUAACACUCACAGCAGUGACUAUUGUGUCCCUGGAUUGCACUGAACCGCUGUGUCCAGCAGCUGUUCUCAGCCAAGGUGGCAUAAUUUUUUGUGGGUUUUUUUUAUGGAAUACAAAAUAAAAAAAGAACGGUGAGAUCUUUCUUCAGCUGCUUUCAAGGGAAGGGAGUUGACUGAGGCAGGGUAGAUGCUGGGGCUGAGCCCAGGGCAGGGCUCAGUGUCUACCCAGUUCAUAGAGACCACUUCAGGCCCUGGGGAAAAAUCAGUUGCUUUCUGCUUCCUCCCCAGAGACAAGCAGAUGCUGUUGUUCUUCUAGGAUUGGUUUGUAUGGUUUUUUUUAAUUACUAAAGUGCUGUGUAGGGGCAGGAGCCAAGAAUAGGUUUGGACAUCACCCUGUUGCAGAUCCACCCUGCUGCCUUGCUGGCAGCUGCUACCCUGCACCUUGUACUGGGCUUGUACCUGGUUUCCUUGCUUCCUUCUAAAGGUUUAGGAGGCGAGGAAAAAAGGGACUGGAUCCCCUUGUGCUCCUCCCUCCCAUGCUGUACAGCCUUGCUGCAGGCUCUGCUGUUGAGGGCAGAGGGCUCUGGCUGCCCCCUUGCACCUGCGCAACUGGGGUGCAGGAGGGACACUGCUCCCCGUACAGGGCGCAGCUCCCCAGUGCUGCGAUACACUUAAAGGUGACUUCAGCCUCCCGUGCUGUGCUGGGAGAUUGAACAAGUGGUAGAUGAGGAAUAUGUAUGAUCCUGGGUCAGGGCACAGAUGUCCUAGUGUCUUUGCCGAUUUUUUUAUUCCCUUUUUUCUUAAAAUUCAUUUCAUUUACACCAAGGACAGCUGCAUGCUAGUGGCAGGGCAGCGCUUGCAAAUAGAGUUGUUUACAAGGCUUUCUUAUUCAAAAGUUUAUUUGAAAUUAGCUUGUGAGACAUUUCUAAAGAAACUAUCAGAUAUAUCCAGAAAAACUAGAAGUCCCUUUGACUCCAGGGUCAGCUUCUCUGCACACUUACCCACUGCUUCAGCUGUCCUCCAGCCUGAAGGCAGAAGGUGAACAUGUUGCCUACAAAACUCAGCACAACAACCAUCUACUCUAGUAAUAACAGGGCUUCGGCCUACAGGGGUCAGUUAAGAAGCUGGUGGAGGUUGUUUUGCUGCUUUUAAUGUUUAUUCAGUGUAAGAAAGCAUUAGUGUGCGUGCCACUGUCUGGGUGCUGCGGGAUGCUGAUGCGCAAAAGGGAACAGGAUUUAUGGGUCUGACAUCAUUGAAAUAAUUUUCCAGCCUGCUUUACCUACUCUCUGGGGGAACACUUUGUCUCCAGCACUGCUCCUGGUGGCAGCUAAGCCCCAUCUGGUGCCUUACAGCAGGGGGGCACAGUCGAUACCUCUAGGGACAGGGGUGUGCAGGGGUGCCCGCUGCUAAUCUAAUUGCCUUGGAAAAGCAAUGUAAGAGCAGAAAUGAAA